AUGACGAGUGGUAUGAAGCUCGUUCUCCCGAUGGUGGUGCUGAAUAUGGGUGGAGAGAUGGUCAAUAUUCUCCAUCAGCGGUUGAACGCGCAGAACGUGGUCGAAGACAAGAGAACCGCGGUGCUUCGCGACGUUAUCAGCACCAUGUAUGCUCGCCAGUUCGUGGAAGAGCUUUUCAAGCCGCAGGACAUGUACAGCGAAAAGGCCACGAAAGAGGUCUUCUACAAGCUUGCACACUCUUCCAUUAUGCGGCUAAACGAAUCGAGCAUGAGCAAGCUCUUCGACCUCGUCACCAUGGGCGUCAAGUACCAGGUUUUGUCUUGUGCCCAGCCUCAGCAGCUUCUGCAGGUGACGCUCAACCACUUGGAGACUAUAAAACAAAUGGUGCCUCACCUCGCUUCCCGAGUCGACGCAGUUAUCGAGGUCGGUGCCCACCAAACAAGUUUUGCUCGUCUUCGUCAUUGCUGA